GCUAAUUCGGACUGCAAUGUCUACAUAUAUUUCACCGCCGCAAAUUAGAUGUUUAAAUAAUCGAUAUAAAUUUGCCAAUUAUCCAAUUGUUAUUUGAUUCAUCUGCUAGACUGGUCCGGAUAACGAUGAAGCGGAUACAGUGUCGCGCAGAAGAGUAUAUUCGGUACUGGACAUGACUAUAUCGCUAGUAGAUGAAUAUAAAAAUGAUAAAUACGAAGUGUACACAGAAUGUAUAAUUGAGUUCAUCUAGUAAAUGGAUUCACAACUCAAAAAGCACCUAAGCUAACUACCUAGUAGAUACGCACAAGACAUGACUAAGUAGAACGAUGUCGAUGAUUACUACAACCUUGGAAGGAAGAAUGGAACCUUAACCGGCACUACCGUUUUCGGUUCGGGAGCUACCUAGGUAGUUCCAUUUUCAAUCGUACAGCACGUGACUUGAAAAUACCCAAUAGGGAAAUUCCUUUCAACAAUAGAAAUGGGAUGAAUCAGGAUGCAGGAGAAAGCUUGCUGAGCUUGAUGAAAACCGCGAAAGUACAGCAGAAACUGUUGAAAUAUGACGAAUAACGAACACGUGCGACUUUCCAUGCACAACCAGCUGGAAUUGUGGCCUUUUUCACAGAAGGAAACAUGACACGAUACAUACCUAGGUAUAUCAGAUCUCAACACUUUCUUCCAACAUACCAAUCCUCCUCCAUGUUAUUUCAUGCAUACUUUGGAAGUUCGACGGUGAACUGCGAAUUUGCGCAGUAGGCGUGUUCAUGUUGACAACAACGUCUCGUUGUUGGCCUUGCCCAGAAUGUUCUAGAGUACCUAGUAGGCAUGAAUGUGUUGGUUCAAAUGCCCGUCUUCAUGCUGGACGUGUACGGUCCCAUGCUAUUGGAGGAGAUUUGAGUAUGAAUCGCGAUUCAUAUACAAGGAGGUGAUGCAGGUCUAUGAUCGGGUUGAGGAUAUAACUUUGCUCCUGGGGAUGAUAACGAUAUUAUAUAAAUAGUAAAAUUCAGACAAGAUAGAUAUGGCUGGUGGUGAUCGUUUGAAAAUGAUCCAUUCAUCCAUCAAUGAUUGAUCAAUCAUUUCAUUGCCCCAGGUUUUCUUUGGUGGUGGGUGAGUGAUGUGGUUCUGAUGUGGUUCACCGUUCACCAUUGUGGUCGAGUGCUUACUAAUGUCAUGGAUUAUCGGUCUUCAAUCGAAUCUUCCACCGAAGAAAUCGAAAAGCGCAAGGUAACCUUAACCUAUCUUGGAUUUCAGCCUCUGAUAAACUUUAAUGCUUAAUCCUACACAAGUAAAGAGCUAUCAACCACAUCAUACCUUCUUCUAAUCUCAACACAUACAAUCCCGGUGUGCAGGUUUCGCCUUUUUACAAUUCCCUCUACAUCAGAACAUAGAAGUAGAUCCCCGUCGCUAUCGCACAUAACUUUCCAUUGAGCGCGGGCGCUGCAUCAUACCCCGUUUGGACGCCACUGCAUGAUCUGUCACGAAUUCUUUCCCUUGACUACUUUCCUAAGAUCGCCCAUCAACCCGUCAAACCUCAGCCGAUACGUUUAAUAGCUCUUCGAAAUGGGUUCCCGCCAACGCAGAGAUUUGGUUGCAAGACGAAGGCGGGUUGAGGACGAAGGCGAUGAUGAAGGAGCUCAAGAUAUUGCUGAACUUGAUGAUGACUCUUUGUCAGAAGGCUCGAUAAUUAGUGAGGACGAAGAUAUUCACGAGGGCGACGAACCUAUCGAUGGCGGCAUUGCAAAUAAUGAGACGUCCGAGUCGAACAAGAUGAACGGGAAUGGAUCUAAGCUGAAUGGCGGACAAACAAAAGCUAGCAAUGGUACUACUGAAGCUUCAAAGUUCAUAAAUGGUGCCAAUGAUAUGGAAAUGAUGGUUAACGGACCCAAAAGCUCUGAACCGGUACAAACAGUACAAUUUGAAGACUUUCGAGAAGACGAGACCAAAGACACCCCUUCACCGGUUAUCGUCACAUCUACUGCUCAAAUGGAUCGACAACAAGAACAGCCUCAUGAAAGACGGAGGAGAGAACAUGAAGAAUACAAGAAAAAGAGAGAUGCGGAUCCAGCGUUUGUGCCAAAUAGAGGAGCAUUCUUUAUGCACGACCAUCGUCAUGCUGGUCCUGCGGCGAAUGGUUUUAGGCCAUUUGGCAGGGGCAGAGGUGGUCGGGGUCGGCCCGGUAUUGGAGGGCCAUAUGCACCUAUCAAUCACAUUUCACAACCUCUGGAACCCACCGAUGUUCAAUGGGCACACGACAUGCACGAAGUAAUAACUGAACCCGUACCAAUAUCUACAAAUGGAGCUUCGAAUGGAUCCCAAAGAUCAGCUCCAGCUCCAAAAUCCGCACCUCUCAAUCGAUCACUUUCCACUACGAAGCACAUUGGAAAUGUACAAAUCCGUGUGUUCUUUGGAGAUAUGGAAAACCCUGUAUUAUUUCCUGGAAUUCCAGUGAAGCAAUAUACGCGUCUACCUGAUCAUCGACCACCACUUCGUCGAGAUAAACCUGUUCGAAUAUCCUUACCUGACCAUCCACCACGUUACAUAUUUCCUGCUGUCGAUAGAUCAUUCAUAUUCAUCCCAAGAGCUAUGCGACCUAAUCAACAAGGGUUUGGUGGACGUGGCAGAGGCAGAGCUGGUCUUGGAUCCGUCGGUGGUUAUUCGAGACGUACAAGCGUUUUUGGUGGUAGCGUUUACGGAAGUACUUACACUCCAAGCGUUGCCAUGAGUCGUCGUUCGUCCCUUGCACGAGAGGUCAAUCGAGAAAACCUUAUUUCACCCAGUGGAUCAACAAUGUCUAGGCCACAAAUGUCGAUGGAUUCAUCAAGGCCUGUGGUAAAAUUACCGCCAUCAAGCCAAGCUGCACAACCUCAACAAUUUCAGGCACCUGAGUCUGGAGUAGCUAAUGGAUCUUCACAAGUCUCUUCUCUCGACAAUGUUCCACAACCUCAAACCUAUCCUCUCCCCCAGAAGCCAACCCUUCGGGAAAACCGUCCAAAUACAAUUCCAAUGCAUCAACCUCGACCUCAGAAGACCGUCUCUGUGGCCGACAUUGAAUCACCCGCAUCCAUGUCAUUCAAUCCUCCCCAGCAAAGCCAACAGCCAUUUCAUCAACAAGUUCCCAUUCAAAUCAAUGGAAACAGUUAUUCGCAUGAUAACGUUCAACAUUCCCGUCAACCAUCCUAUCCAAGUCAAGCUUCAACUGGUACACCAUUAUCACAAAUUCCAGAAAGAGCUAUCCACGCACCAGCUUUCCAACCUAACCCCUAUCAACAACCAGCCUCCAACUACUACCCACAAACUUACCCCGUUUUGCAGCCCCCACAAGGAUAUUACUACCCUCAAACCUUUAAUGCACCCAUGGCCUCAACAGUUGGUACGACUCCUUUUGUACCCGCACAACAGCAGCCACAUCAAACAUAUAAUCCACCUGCACCUCAGUCCGCUGAAGCUUCGACUUCACAAGCACCUCAAAAUUUGGUUGCUCAAGAAGUCAAUGGAAUGGUGUAUUAUUAUGAUGCUGCGCAAAUUCCGGCCGUUCCAAGUUUUCCAGCCGGCUAUCAACAACCUCAACAAUAUCCUAUGCAACAAGUAGGAGGUGUAGUAGGAAUGGGUGGUAUGAUGACACCAAGCCCGGAUGGUUUCUACUAUCCGCAGCAACAAGGUGUGGUGUAUUACACACAAUAAUGACUGCUAUAACUACUCCCGUCAAAGCCUGCUUUCACGAUUUGCAAGUCACACCUUUUUAGUCUCUCUUAAUGCCUUCAGCUAUUUUAUUCGUAUUUUCUGAAGCGUUUGCUUUUUAUCGUCUCUUGUGGUUAUGAAUGCGAAAAAAAAAAGAUAUAUCAUUGUUCAUUCUUCAGAAGCAACGGCUUGAUUUCUCAUAUCAUGUUUUUGUAUUAGGGAUGGCAAUUCAAUUCUUUUGAUCUGGUUGGCAUGGUUUUUUUGGUUGCAAGUUAGAGCUUCUGCUAUGCUUUUCGGGUCUACCCUCUUGCAUUUCGAUCUUUUCGAUCAUUCGGUCUCUGAUUCAAAUUUCUCGUCUUGGUACGGUGUAUUUUCUCAAUGAUAAUGGCCCCUGAUGUUUCGAUUGGAACAACGAACGAAUGGAUAUCUCUUUCGGGUGGACGUACGGUUGUGGGAUGGCCUUCUGCAUUGGAUCGAAACUUAUGUUUGCUGUUAGCGAGCGGGUGGAGUCAUGGAUAGGUUGCGAUAGCAAUAGUAGGAGCGGGAGUCGUCAAGUUAUGAAGUAGUGGUAGUAGUAUUACAUAGCAAGAAUUAUUGUGAGUGGAUGAACAUGUUCGCGGAUUGAACGAGGAAUGGAUAUGUUGUCAUGUCCACUUACGAUACAUCAAUUGAAUUACCCUUCUGAUGAUUA